CCGGCCUACACAUCCAUCUGAUCGUGAUCAAUGUCUACGGCAAUUGAUUGACCUGGCUUUCAAAAUGACCCUUCCAGCUUCAAAUUGACCUUGGUUCUAGAAUGCUGCCUCUCUUUGGCAUCGUUUCGCCAGCGAAAUCCUCCACAACAUCCUUUCCCACUCACUAAUUAACUGAAUACCUACCUGGAACCCGCAGAAUCUAUCUCUCCUCCCUCUGGCCUUCGUCGAAUCCGGUGCCACUAUGGGUGGCGAGCAACCAUCACCAGACGACAUCUUCCAAGUAAUCGCUAUCACAAACCUUGACGAGCCGCAGGCACGAAUUCUACUCAAAGUUCGUUGCCGCAACAUCCCUUACGAUUCGAUUCAUUGACUGAAGCAUGGCAAUCUAGAAGAAUAACAAUGAUGUCAACUCGGCCGUUAAUGCCUUCUUCGAAGAUCCGAGUGGGUCUGUCAUGGAACCUGUGAGUUUCCAAUUGAGGAAUCCAUUAAGAAGGAGGUCUAAAAAUUGGUAGCUCCCAGCAAAUGAGUGGCAGCAUCAAGAUAAUAUCCCUUGUGAGAGACUUCUGCACACCUCUGCACUUUGAUCCUGCAUGACUGACCGUUUUGUCUCAAGUCAACGAUGAUUCUAGUAUGGGAGGCGCCCCCCCGAUGUCUCGUCCGCCUUCAAGGGUGGACAACCACGGACACAGAAUUGACCUAUCGGCCAUGCAUGCGUCAGCCGUCACAAGUUCUGCACUGACCUUGAAAGAACAAGAAGAUCUCAACGACCCCGAGCUCCAACGUGCCAUGGCAGAGUCGAUGCGCUCCACUCUGCCUGCGCAGGAAAACGGUGUUACGGCCGCGCAUAGCAAAUUCGGCCCUGCUCGACGUGAAUUCUAUGAGCCGUCAAGUUGGGCCCUGACGACCAUCUCCACUGCUCGCGAAAUAGUCGACCACCCACCUCCAACGAAGAGGCGCAGGAUGGACGAUGAGCCAGCCUUUUUGCGCGGUAGCAAAGAGACAGAGUACCUGGCACCCCUGGUUACCAUAUACCAUUCUAUCCCGCUUGCUAGGGAAGCAUUGCUCAUGCGCCCCUUGAAGGUCCAUAACUAUGGGCAUGACGCCAGCUGGUGGUCAGGAACAUCCGACGAGAACACAAAGGCUUUGUCGACCGACAGUUCGCUCCAAAUCGAUCGCGACCAAUGUAACUUGCUAGCUGAAGUUCAAUGUUUGAUGGCGUUCCUCGACAAGACAGACCGUGCCUACGGCAGUGUAGACGCUCUGGCCGAUCUCCAGGCAGUCCGCGCUGCGAGAGGCGAUGGAGCUUUUAUACGAUGGCUGACGGCCUGGAGCGAUACCGCUGACGAUCAGGCUCCAUCAGACCAGCUGAACCAAGUCUUUACUUCCGUUGCGGCAAAGGGCCCAAGUUCCAGCGACGGUGUCGCUGAGGAGAAACCUCUUUUAUGUGUUGAGCCACCCGUCAAUCGAAUCCCCGGCGAAACUCUGGUUAAUCUGCUCGACAGCACGAUAUGGGACGAUGAAAGAGGUCUCAUUGAAGAUGUUUGGAUCGCUAAGGCUGCGGAAAUAUUCACUGUUCGCGUCUACGAUCCACAUGGUGGUCGGAACAAUGGACUUGACCUGACCCUAGAUCCAGUAUGGUUUCCGGAUCGAUAUAUGUUUGAGUGCCGUGGAGCAACACGCCAAAUUCGUAAGCAGUUGCAUAUGGUUCGCCGAGAGAUCGACCAUUGUACUCACCUCCAACAUCGUUGCGAAAUGGUCAAACUUUCUGACAACAGGGUCCUGAUGAUUCGCGACGUCCUCGAUGCCGCGGCUAAGGUAUCGAUGGAUGCAGUCGGAUCAUCAGCCUCUGCUUCAAACGGUGUUGGUGUCCAAGAUUCUCUAUCAAGUGAUACCGACGCCCGUGCAGAGGUCAGUGAGUUGGGCAAUCAACUACAGCAAGUUGUUCAACGCAUCGAACAAAAGUUGCAACUGCUCGAGAUGAGGAAAUCCGAGCUCCGCCAAAAAAUGAGGGAGAUUGCGUUGCAGUUGACAAAGCCAACGCCAGAAAGCCCGAAUAUGCCCCAGCACAAAUAUACCCUGCAAGGAGUUUCAACAAAACCCACCAUCACCUAUCUGCGCCGCCCAAACACCGAUCUUUUGAUGCUUGAUCAAGAUGAUGACAGCUCUGAGGAUCCUGAGUGGCAAUGGUGGAGGCUUGCCUGGAUUCAAGACGAACUUUACAAGCAGAUGGGUCCUGCAGGACCGGUUCAAGGUCCUAUUACGCAGUCCCAGGCAGAAGCGUCCAAAAGAACUUUGGGAUUUGGAGCCGGGUUGGACCUGAAUGUUGCUCCAGAGUUGACUGCCGCCGAGGUUGAAGGUCCAAAGCCAUACGAAGCUCGCAAGGUCACUGAAGCGGAAGUGCUCGAGGCCAUCAAGUCAGAGCACUCGUCUGUUGUUCUAGUGUAUGCCAACGAAUAUGCCAUGAGCUUUCCUCGCGGCGAGCUUAACAUGGCCCUGAAACAUUUCGUUAAUCGCGACAACCAGGCAUUCCAUGAAGAACUUGAAAGUGAAGAAGGGUUACGACCGGAUUCAAGCAACGAAAAUGGUACGAUUGACUUUGAAGAUGUUCCCUUAACCGAUCAAAAUGGAUCGAGUAGCUCUGCGCGGGAGCUCACGCCGAUGUCGACCUCGAGCCUAGGUCGAGAUGAGGAUGGGCAGGCAUCGCCGAAGAGAAUCAAGUGUGACAGCUAUGCCACCUUGUCUGAACUGCCGCCUUCAUACGAAGAGAUCUCGGAUCAACAGGAGAUGCAGGAAAAGAAAGGCAACAGGAUCGGUCUACAUGCUGAGCAAAUGAUGCAAAAGUAUGGAGAGAAGAUACCGGAAAAGGUUGAUCCGGACGAGCGUGGAAGCUCGAUGCAUAUUGAAAACGAUGGGAUGACCUCUGAAUCACCAUGGAUGUGAUUGGUGUUCUUCGUGACACGGGAAGCGACAUCUGGAUACCCAGGUUCUCCUGAACAGCAUUCGAGGGGCUUGUUGACAUCGUUUGGCGAUAAGGGCUGUACGAAGCAUGAAAGAGUAUGCUGAGGUCGCACCAUGUAGCCCAAUCCUCUUGAACUGCUGACUUGACCACGAGUCUCUUUGACCAGCGAGCUUGACAGCGAUCUGAUGCAUGGCCCUUGGACCUGUCGUGAUUGGGUAGUGUCAGUUGCCAUCAAUCGAUGAUUAUCAUCAAUGCAUGUUAUUAGACGUAGGCAGCAGUCAAGAGGAUAUGUAGCAGCGUAGUAGAUGUGAUGUGCUUUUCAGUGAACUUGCACGCAAGACUACGUGUAUAGUGGAUCCAGCCAGUUUAAGGUGUCAGGGCAGAUUGACGACGGGUCCAAAGAGGAACAUGGUUGCCAUGCGGCUCUCGGCCAACCUGCCCUAUCAAUUGCUGGGUAUAGGAUGACAUUUGACCAAGGUCGGGUCAAAAGUGAUGGACGAGUCAUGAUGAACUUGCUUGACCACGUCCAAACCUUGCAGGCCCCAAAGAGCUUGGUAUGGCGAUCCCACAUGGAUAUCAACUACCCGGCUGGCCAGAAGACAUCCCCCCCCCGCCUUUGAGGCGUUUAGAGUUGGAGAUCUGACAUUCUGGACUUGGACAACAUGGGCAAUGUGGAAAGAGAAAACAGGAGUGGGGAUGUAGUUGGUGCGGCCAGAAAAGGAAGCCAUCUGAUAGUACUUGUACAGUUUGUCCAGAGUUUGAGCCCUUCAAUGGACACAAUAGGAAAAGUCCCUCGACGUAAAAAGCAGACGUGGGUGUAGGUAGGUACUAG